AUGCGAGAAAACGUCACCGCGCUGGGGAAGGGUCCAGAGGACGCGCCUCCAGACAUGAAUAGCUUCGUCUCCGUCUUCCAUGCCAGCAGCCUGUACACGCAGCGAGCUCAGCCACAACAGCAGCGUCCGGACGACAAUUCCCACUAUUACAAUCCAGGGCACUACUGGCAGACAAUGGACUACUAUGACGUGGCAAUGAACAUCUGUACCGAUCUUACUGAUUUAAUUCACGUUACUCCCUCUGUGAUGCCGAGCAAUGUCCCUCCAACGCCGGCAGACGAUCUGACGCCACUCGACUGUUCAAUCGACUGUCCAUUCGACUUCGCGCCGGAAGCAUACGGCAGUCCUGGCGACUCAUUACGCCUGCUCAGUACCGACUCGUCGGCUCAGGAAAGUCCAAGCGCAGAGAGCAAAUGCCCAGGCCAUAGUCGAUACGCUGGUCAGCAGAGUCCCUGCCAGACAUGCCUACAGGACAAGAAAGAGAAGCGAAGAGAACAGAAUAGGAAAGCACAACGAAACCACCGACUGCGCAGCGAAGCCAAGCUAGAGCAGCUGAGAGCCCGACUGAAGACGCAGACCGAUGAGAUCGUGAUGCUGAGAGACUUCAACCAAUCGUUGAUGAAGCAUAUUGAAACGCUGGAGUCCAAAGGGGGGAAUGAUGGAACCAGAGAUGGACCUGGCUCGGGUCAGGCACCGGAUGCGCCGCUGCAAGGUGCGUCCGCUUCUGCUUGA